AUGCACGUGACCCAAGCCGAGAACAGCACUUCUGCUCGUCCCUCCACCCCUUUCACCGCCCACCCACACCAACCAAUCACAACUCCCAUGGAAACCAUCACCAAACUGCCUCUCGUCGGCUUCAACAUCCACCAGCCCGCAGCCUCAAGUCGGACGCCUCUUGACCUCCAAUUUCCGCAACCACGAAUCUCCACGCCAGGCCAUCAACCUCCAGCGCCUUGUCUCGACCGUCCUGAGAACCAGGUCCCCAUUCUCUCAUCCCAUCCGCCUUGA